AUGCCAGAAGCUGGGAGGAGCCAGGACCCAGGCUCCUCUUUGGAAAGCGGCGGGCGGCGGGCGAUGGGCCCGAGGCCGGGGAAGGGCCAGGAUGGUCUCUGGAGGACCCUCGCCGCCCCCGGGACCCGGCGCUUCCCUACCGUCCACUCACGUGUGAAGCAAGAGGUAGUGUAAUGGCAGAGAAGGCACCUGGGGGCAUUAGCCCCCUGCAGCAGAUGGUGGCAUCAGGCACAGGGGCCCUUGUUACCUCCAUUUUCAUGACCCCGCUGGAUGUGGUAAAGGUCCGACUACAGUCCCAGCGCCCUUUUCCCACCAGUGGGUUGGCAAAGUCCAAGAGAUCCUGGAGCAUCCCCUAUACUAAAUGGAAGUGUAUGCUAUACUGCAACGGCAUUCUCGAGCCCCUCUAUCUGUGUCAGAAUGGUUCUCGCUGUUCCGUCUGGUACCAGCAUCCCACCUACUUCACAGGCACCCUGGACGCCUUUGUGAAGAUUACUCGGCACGAGGGUGCCAGGACCCUGUGGAGUGGCCUCCCUGCAACUCUAGUGAUGACAGUGCCUGCCACCGCCAUUUACUUUACCACCUAUGACCAGCUCAAGGCCUUCUUAUGCAGCCGAGCUGUGACUUCUGACCUCUAUGCACCCAUGGUGGCAGGAGCUCUGGCUCGACUGGGCACCGUGACUGUGAUCAGUCCCCUGGAGCUGGUGAGAACUAAGCUUCAGACUCAGCAUCUGUCCUACCGUGAACUUGGGGCCUGUGUCAGGGCAGCCGUGUCCCAGGGCGGCUGGCGCUCUCUCUGGCUUGGCUGGGGUGCCACCGUGUUGAGGGACGUGCCUUUUUCAGCCCUGUACUGGUUUAACUAUGAGUUGGUGAAGUCGUGGCUCUGUCAGAUGGCAGCCAAGGACCGGACCUCUGUCAGUAUCAGCUUUGUGUCUGGAGCCUUCUCAGGAACAGUGGCUGCCGUGCUCACACUGCCUUUUGAUGUGGUCAAAACUCAGCGUCAGAUGGAGUUGGGAAGCCUGGGAGCCUUGAGAGUAACAUCCCCACGGUCCCCAUCCACCUGGCUGCUGCUCCGACAAAUCCAAGCUGAGUCUGGGGCCAGAGGACUCUUUGCAGGCUUCCUCCCACGGAUCAUCAAAGCAGCCCCUUCCUGUGCCAUCAUGAUCAGCACUUACGAAUUGAGCAAAAACUUUUUCCAGAGACUGAACCUGGAAAAAUGCCCUCGGGGACCCUGAGGGAAGAGAGAGAGAGAGAGAGAAAGAGAGAGAGAUGGAAGAUACCAAGCUGCAGGUCUCCUUAGGAGACCAGCUGUGGCCUCAGCAGGAAGGGGGGACCUACACAGACUUUCUUUAUCAUGGGGGCUAGGGGGCAGAGGAGGGAUGAGAUGCCCACUCCACCCUCCUUCCUACCUGACAAUACUAGGGCACCAUGCAGGGAACAAAACUCCCCUCUUCCUCCAUGCUUCUGUUUUCUCCCCACUCUCCUACAGACCAAAUGCCCCCAGCUCUUGGUUCACCUCCUCUCCUUAUUUAGAAACAGAAUUUGCUCUUGUCCCUUUGUUUUUUCCUCGGUACAUCUAUCCCUGGUCCUGCUUUGUCUUAAUCUCCCUCUCGUUGAAUCCAUUAGAUCCAAAGAUGAUGCUUUGCUGUA